UUGCGCAAGAAAUAUGAAGUAGUGAUUCCUAGCAUGUACACGUACACCCUGUUAACACCGCAAUCGCUCAACUCUUAUCCCCGAAGUUUGGGCUGGAAUGCGGUGUAAGCUCCGUACCAAUUAUAGCUUGAGGGUUGUUGUGGAAGUGGAGCGCUCCGGAACUGUCCAUGGAUCUUCUCCGAUGAUUCUUUCAAGGGCAAGGUUACUCAACCCGUUAAAAUUGUUCAACCGGAGUGUUAUUUUCAGCACCGAUAGAGGAAGAGCAGCAAAUAUGAGCAACGACAGCCACAAUCGACCGAGGCAAAAGAAAAAUGAGGAGUUAAAAAGUCGUCUGGUGUGGGUUGAUUUAGAAAUGACUGGACUGGAUUUGAACACUUGUCACAUCAUUGAAAUGGCUUGCUUGAUAACAGAUGAAGAUCUCAACAUCGUUGCUGAGGGACCCAAUAUCAUCAUUCACCAACCCGACGAGAUACUAGACAAGAUGAACGAUUGGUGCGUGCAGCAUCACACUGCUUCAGGACUGGUGGACGCGGUCAAAGCCAGCAAGGUGUCCCUUCAACAGGCAGAAUAUGAGAUGCUAUCGUUCGUCAGGGAGUACACCUACCCUAAGCUCUGUCCUCUAGCAGGGAACAGUAUCCAUGUCGACAAGACCUUCUUGGUCAAGUACAUGCCUCAAUUCAUGGACCAUUUGCAUUAUAGGAUCGUUGAUGUCAGCACUGUCAAAGAGCUUUGCAGGAGGUGGUAUCCAAAGGAAUUUGAAGCUGGUUAUCAAAAGAAGGCAUCUCACAGAGCCAUGGGGGACAUCAAGGAGAGUUUAGAAGAGCUAUGUUAUUACCGGAGAACCAUCUUCAAGUAACCCCAGACCUUUGCUUUACACACCGUUUCUCUUGCUGCUUUUGUGGUCCUCGAGAUGCAGAAAUACCGGUCGAAAGCAUACUUGAAGCCUCUUAUUCCACAUUCUUUCCAGAUCAGUGAAAUAUUUUUCUAUUUCACUGAGCCAGGCAUGGCCCUGGGAAGGGGGGUGCUGCGUGUAUUAUUCUCCAUAGGCACCACCCCAGGUAUUCUGGAAGAUGUGUAACAAUGGUAAACUGUAACCAAAAUUAAUUUAUUUUGUGAUAAAACCCUUUUUUUCGAAUUUGAAUCAGCACCCCCAGUAAAAAAAUCACUCCCAGGGCCCUGAAGCCAGGACUUAUUAUUUUCUACCUGUUGCCCUGGAAUCUCAUUGAAAUUUUCCUAAUCCCUGUUUACAGAGGACUGGAGCAUAUUUAUCACUAAUCGAGCAAGAACUGAUACAAACUACCAGUUGAUGGCUUGCACAGGGUUAUUUAUG